UGAUCAUCAAUACAGGGAGGCGACAACAGGGAAGUAAGACGUUGUCUACCUCGGGUGCUCGUCCAUGUUGCAGUAUCUGUAAAGAAAUGGCCACAGCUAAGAAGCUGACAGACAACCACCUCACCUGUGGCAUUUGCACGGAGGUGUUCAGAGACCCUGCCACACUUCAGUGUAAUCAUACAUUCUGUAAGUGCUGUCUUCUGAAAUACACCAAAACACAGGCUGAAGCAACGCAAGCUAAGUCCAUCCGAUGUCCCUCCUGUAGACAACUGACGAAGGUUGCCAUCCCUGAUAGUCCAGUAGAGGAAUGGAUCAGUCAGCUGAAAGCAAGCCACGUCAUACAGGGGCUAAUGGACGACUUUGGAGAAGAGGCCCGAGGUAUUGAUUGCUGCAUGGUUUGCAAAAGAGAAGGGGAGAUUACUCCUGCUACGUCCUGGUGUGCCACUUGUUCUGACAGCUUCUGUGAAAGAUGCCUCAAGGUACACAGGAAUAUGUCAUUGUCUAGUGAUCACGAAGUGGUAGAUUUAUCUAAGAAGGUCCAAGGAAAAUGCAAACGACUUUUCAUGUGUAAAAUCCACAGAGACAAACAGAUAGAGCUCUUUUGUAAAGACUGUACUAUUCCAAUUUGUACUUUAUGCUGCAGCAUAAACCACAGGAAAUGUGAUGAUGUUGUUACCAUAGAUAGUAUGGCCACACUAGUGAAAGAACACAUGACCAAAGAAACAAUGAAGCUGAAGGACAAAAUGAAACACAAAACUGACAAUAUUUCAUCUGCAGAAUCUUCAAUUAAAAAGAUAACGGAAAAUGCUAGUUCUGUUAGAUGUGAAAUUCAAAAAGUUCGCAGGGAAGCUGUGGAUUAUCUUAUGAGGAAAGAACAACUCCUACUCGACCAGGUUGACAUAUUCGAGGAGGACAAUGUUCAAAACUGGAAAAGGUUCAUCCAAUCAGAGGAGAUUGACCUUCAGAUGUACCAACAACAGAUAAAGAUCACAACCAAUGCUGUUACAUCAGACUGCGAUGAAGAUAUGUAUGCCCUAUAUAAGCAAGCAGAUAUUACAUCUACAGAUCAAAUUAAAAUAUUGAAAAAGGAUGUAAAGAGACCGACCCGACACAGGAUCUCAUUCAGCCAGAAUGAGGAAAUAUUUUUUAGACUGAAUAACCUAAACCUUGGUGAUGUUAAGACUCGUUCGGGCAUAUUUAAUUUUUCCUUUUUGUUUAAAAGGUGAUCACCUGCUUGACAGAGCUGUUAGAAUCUACAU